AUGAAAGCUAAAUAUUCAAUCCACAAAUUCUUUUUAUUAAUUGAAUUUAUGUCAGAACCGUCAACAACAAUCAACGUUAUUGGAGCUGGUCUUCCGAGAACAGGAACAAGCAGUUUAAAAACUGCAUUGGAAAUACUUCUCCCUCAACCAUGUUAUCAUAUAAUUGAAACGGUGACAAAAAACCAUUGUGAUAUUGAUAGAUGGCAGAAAUUGCUCAAUGAAACUAAGAAGACGAAGCCAGAUGAAACAGUGAUACAUGAAGGUUUGGGUGAAAUAUUGAAUGGUUACGCGUCAGUGACAGAUAUUCCGGCAUGUGGAUUUUAUAGAGAACUGAUGAAUGUAUAUCCUUACUCGAAGGUUAUAUUGACAAUUCGUGACAAAAACGACUGGCUGUCCAGUUUACGACAAACAAUAUUACCGAAAACCAAUCAUUCACACACACUUGUGGUGGAUAAAGUCAAGCAUAUACUGGGACUUGAUGCAGAAUUCGUUAAAAUGGCAUUUGAUUCACUGACGUUUGCAUUUAGAAAAGAGGGAAUUGACUUUGAUGAUGAUACGGUACUAUUAGAAUGCUUCGACAAAUAUAAUGAACUGGUAGUUGAGAGUGUACCAUCUAAUCGUCUUCUAAUACAUAAACUUGGAGAUGGUUGGGUGCCCUUGUGUAAGUUUUUAAAUGUGAAUGUACCUCGUUGUAUACCAUAUCCUCAUGUUAAUGAUCGGAAUGAAACACUGAAGCGUGUUGAUUUACUCAAAAAGAUUGGUAUCUUCUGA